AGCUUUUCAUUUUACCUCAAAAAAACAAAAAAGAAGUUUUUCAUUCUUCAGUUUUUGGUUGUUUUUCCUUUCAGCUCCUGCGACUGAGGCUGCCGCUGUUCUUCUUCUGAAUCCUCAAAGGUUGAAAUGGGUGGUUACAUUCAAGAAGCACGCGAGAAUCACGUGAAGAAGAAAGUCGAAGAAGCUUUACGGAGCAAAAUGAAGGUGAAAGCACUUAAAGAGUGUGAUUAUUACACAAAGAAAUAUGCUGAGUGUGCUAUGGGGAGAACACUUUCUGUUGUUUGGCAAUGUCGGAAAGUAGCUAAAGAGUUGAAUAGUUGUCUUCAUCAAUUCACCAAUGAUUCUGUCUUGGAGGAGAUGAAGAAAGAAUACAAUCUAAAACAAGGUUGAGAAGGCACUGUUAGAAUCUAGACUAUUUGAUUUGAACGACACGAUGUAUGUCAGGAACAGUUUUAUGAAUAUACACUGAUUCAUCUGACAUUCAACUUAAGAUGUUUGAAAUGAGGUCUUCAGCUCUUCAUUGUGAUGCAAUGGAACUUCAUUAUGAACUGCAACUUUUUUUCUUUUAUGUGAAUUUUGUAUGGACCAAGAAAUAAUAACAGAACACUAAGGAAAAGAAUUUGUAUGAUGUUUGUUGCUUGAUCUUAAAAUAGUGCCCUAUUAGUACCAUUUGUUUACA